AUAGCGUUCAUUAACAAACACGGCAGCCGCCAUUUACCUUAGAGAGCGGAACUAGGAAGAGCAGAGGGGAAGCAUUGAACUCUUCAAAUAAAAGCUUUUCUUAAAUAACUUCUGCAAUGGACGUUCCGGGACCGGACAGCGACUGGAGGAGCCCUCAGUUCCGACAAAAAGUCGUCGCUCAGAUUGAGGAGGCCAUGAGGAAGGCAGGAACCGCACACACCAAGUCCAGCAAUGACAUGGAGAACCACGUUUAUGUCAAAGCCAAAUCCAGAGAGGAGUAUUUAUCUCUGGUGGCGAGGCUGAUCAUACACUUCAGAGACAUCCACAAGAAGACGCUGGGAGGUCCAGAUCCCGUGAAUGCCCUGACUAACCUGACAGGGGUUGGAGGGGGCCCGGGCGCCAUUGGUAUGGGGCCUCGCCCCACCGGUGCUCCAGUGGGUGGCAUGGGGGCCAUGGGGCCGAUGCAGAUAGGCCAGCAUGCCAUGGCAGGGGUGGCUGGAAACCCACAAGCCAUAGGGGGUCCAGGCCAGAUGCCAAUGCAGCAGAUGGUGCAGCAGCAGCAACAGCAGCAGCAGUCCAUCCAGUUCCAGCAGUUCCAGCAGCAGCAACAGAACGCUGCCAUCCAGCAGCAGUUCCAGGUGCAGCAGCAGCUGAGGGUGCAGCAGCAGCUGCAGCAGCAGCAGCACCACCAGAACCAGCAACUUCAGCAGCAGCACCAGAACCAGCAGCAGCAGGCACAGAACCAGCAGCAGCAGAACCAGAUGCACCAGACAAGGAUUCAGCAGCAGCAGAUGGUGCAGCUGCAGUUCCAGCAGCAGCAGGCCCAGGCCCAGGCCCAGGCCCAGUCCAUCCAGCACAUGGUUCAGCAGCAGCAGCAGCAGGUCCAGGCCCAGCCGCAGCCUCAGCCGAGUCAGAUGCCUCCACACUCUCAGCAGCAGCAGGCCGGCAUGGUGCCGCAGUCUCUGGCCAGCCAGAUGGCGUCCGCUCAGCACAUUCCCAUCAACUCACUCAGUCAGCAGCAGCAGCAGCAACAGCUGAAGAUGCAGGCCUUCCAGCAGGCCCGUGCAGCCCUGCAGCAGCAGCAGGUCCAGCAGGCGCAGCAGCAAGCCGCUCAACAAGCCGCAGCGCAGGCGCAGCUCAACGCAGCUGCUGCAGCCGCCGCUCCUGGACAGUUGGUCCGUCCUGGGAUGCAGAUUCCAGCCCGGCUGCCUCGAGCCACCAUGAACCCCUCCAUACCUCCCCCAAACGCUGCCGCCGCCGCCGCCGCCGCUGCUGCCGCCGCUGCUAAUGCCACCCCGGUGGGAGGACAGCUGAUGACCCAGCAGGUACAGCAACAUCCAAUGAUGUCGUCACCCUCACCGGUGCAGGUCCAGACGCCACAGGCGAUGCCUCCCCCUCCCCAGCCGUCGCCUCAGCCCCCCACUUCACAGCCUAACUCAGCCAGCUCUGGUCCCACUCCAUCUCCGGGGGGUUUCCAGCCCAGCCCGUCCCCACAGCCUUCGCAGAGUCCGGCCACCGCCCGAACCCCUCAGAACUACGGCGUCCCCUCUCCAGGACCGCUCAACACGCCAGGUAACCCCAGCUCAGUGAUGAGUCCAGCUGGAGCCACGUCCCUGGAGGACCAGCAGUACAUGGAGAAACUCAAGCAGCUGUCCAAGUACAUCGAGCCUCUGCGUCGGAUGAUCAACAAGAUCGACAAAAAUGAAGACAGAAAGAAGGACCUGAGUAAGAUGAAGAGUCUGUUGAAUAUCCUGACUGAUCCAAACACCAGGUGUCCCCUGAAGACGCUGCAGAAGUGUGAGAUAGCUUUAGAGAAGCUGAAGAACGACAUGGCUGUGCCGACGCCCCCUCCCCCCCCGGUGGCCACCAAGCAGCAGUAUUUGUGUCAGCCGCUGCUGGACGCCGUCAUGGCCAACAUCCGCUCUCCAGUCUUCAACCACUCCCUGUACCGAACCUUUGCCCCCGCCAUGACCGCCAUCCACGGACCCCCCAUCACGGGUCCCAGCGUCUCUGGCAGGAAGAGGAAGCACGAGGAGGACGAGCGGCAGACCGUCUCCAACAUCCUGCAGGGGGAGGUCGCUCGCCUCGACGUCAAGUUCCUCGUCAACCUGGAUCCUUCGUACUGCAGCAACAACGGCACCGUGCACCUCGUCUGCAAGCUGGAUGAUAAAAACCUUCCCAGCGUUCCUCCUCUGCAGCUCAGCGUUCCUGCUGAUUAUCCCGAUCAGAGUCCACACUGGGCCGACGAUGGCGACCAGUACGGUGCGAACAGCUUCCUGCAGUCGGUCCACAGAAACAUGACGUCCAAACUGCUGCAGCUGCCAGACAAACAUUCGGUGACGGAGCUGCUCAACACGUGGGCUCAGAGCGUCCGGCAGGCGUGUCUGUCUGCUGCCUGAGGCCCCGCCCACCUGACACACACGGCCUGGUGUAGGUGUGAAGCUUCUUCCAAAUGUUAAAGGACUGUUGCAGAUAAAACUGCUCAGCUGGUUUUUGUAGUGUGAGGUUGUCGGGCUGACGUCGUGCGGUCUGAUCCUGAUGUGAUUCCUAAUGAAUUCUGGGUAAUUUAAAGUUUUUUCAAACUGUGGCUGAGGGAGCUGCUCAAACAUCCACCAUGUUUUUGUUGACUUUUGUUGUCCCCUCUGAAGUCCUUCAGUCACAGAGCAGCAGUUUGUAUGGAACCUUUAUUUUACCAGCAUGUCAACAGCUCAACUGUCAUUUGUCCUGACAAUAUUCUGUGCCCUGAAUGCAACACAUGCUUCUGUUUAUUUAGAUGGAAUGAGUUUGUUUUGUACCACAGAAGACUUGUUUAUAUGCUUUGCUUUCCAGAGACAAAAAUAUUCAUGUAUUUGUUUUGCCGUCAUGAAUAAAACUUUCAGUUCAACCUUU